AUGCGUUUUGACUUCCUCGUUGCAGCUGCUGUUGCAGCUUCCAUGGUGUCUGCACACCCUGGACAUGAUCAUCAUCAGGAGUUGGCCGAACGCACUGCCGCAUUGCAGCAUACUAAGAAGGAUUUGAGCCACUGCGCAGAGAAGAUCCGUGCCAGAGGUUUGGAGAAACGCUCUGUCGAGCGACGUGCCGCCUUAGCCACUCACUUGAUGAAGAGAAACAACCUGAAAGAUCGUGAUUUGGCCGGUCUUCUUAAUGUUUCUCAUCAUUCAGACACUGAGUACACUCUUGAGACUCCAGAAUCGACAUUGUUCGCAUCUAACAACUCGUGUGUUUUGUCUCCUGAGUCCAUCGAAGGACCAUACUAUGUGUCGGGAGAAUAUGUCCGUAAGAACAUUGUCGAGAGCGAGCCCGGUGUAGACUUGACACUCGACUUGCAAGUUCUCGACAUCGAAACCUGUGAUCCCGUCACUGGCGCAUACCUCGAGAUCUGGCACUGCAACUCUACUGGAGUCUACUCUGGUGUCAGCUCUGGCGGUGACUACGAGAGCGCCCCAGAAAAUCUCAACACCACCUUCAUGCGGGGCGCAGUGAAGACGGACGAAGAUGGGGUAGGGCAGUUCGAGACGCUUUUCCCUGGCCACUACACGGGACGCACCACUCACAUCCACGUCAUGUUGCACGUCAAUGCUACACCCCUCGCCAACGGUACUAUCAGGUCUACCACCGCUAGCCACGUGGGUCAGAUAUUCUUUGACCAAGACCUCAUCAACGAUGUCGAGGAUCUGAGCCCUUAUACGACAAACACCCAAGCCCUUACUGUCAACGCCGAUGAUUUUAUCUUGGAGGCCAUUGCCGAGACGAGUGAUCCGUUUGUCCAAUACGUGCUUCUCGGCGAUUCUCUUGCUGACGGUCUCCUCGCCUGGCUGAGCUUCGGAGUCAAUUCAUCCCUGAUUAGCAAUGUCAGCGCAGCAGCGACCUACUACGAAGGUGGUGGCGUGGAAAACCCCAACUCUGGUGGUGGUGGUGGCCCCGGUGGUCCUGGUGGUCCUGGUGGCCCCCCUCCUUCGGUUUAG